CAGAACCAAGUUGUUCGGUUGACAGGAAAGGAAAGGAACUGCUGGCCGCUAGAAUCUAGAAGUGACACGGGGAUAUUUACAUGGUUGGAUAAAAUAAAGAAAUAAUAGCGAUAAAGACAAAAUAUUUAUAAGUCAUCAUGGAGUCCUAUGACAUCAUAGCUAAUCAACCUGUGGUAAUUGAUAAUGGUUCGGGUGUGGUUAAAGCAGGAUUUGCUGGAGACCAAAUCCCCAAAUACUGCUUCCCAAACUAUGUGGGACGUCCCAAGCACGUGAGGGUGAUGGCGGGAGCACUUGAAGGAGACCUCUUCAUUGGCCCCAAAGCUGAGGAGCACAGGGGGCUGCUGUCGGUGAGAUACCCCAUGGAGCACGGCAUCGUCAAGGACUGGAACGACAUGGAGCGCAUCUGGCAGUACGUCUACUCCAAGGAGCAGCUGCAGACCUUCUCUGAGGAGCAUCCUGUUCUGCUCACAGAGGCCCCGCUGAACCCCAGUAAGAACCGAGAGCGGGCAGCGGAAGUGUUCUUCGAGACCUUCAAUGUUCCCGCCCUCUUCAUCUCCAUGCAGGCCGUUCUGAGCUUAUACGCCACGGGCCGAACGACGGGCGUGGUGCUGGACUCGGGCGACGGGGUGACCCACGCCGUGCCCAUCUACGAGGGCUUCGCCAUCCCCCACUCCAUCAUGAGGGUGGACAUCGCCGGGCGCGACGUGUCGCGCUACCUGCGGCUGCUCCUGCGUAAAGAGGGCUACGAUUUCCACACCUCGGCCGAGUUUGAGGUCGUGCGCACCAUCAAAGAGAGGGCGUGCUACCUGUCCCUGAACCCCCAGAAGGACGAGACUCUGGAGACGGAGAAGGCACAGUACACUCUGCCCGACGGCAGCACACUGGACAUCGGACCCGCCCGGUUCCGGGCCCCCGAGCUGCUCUUCAGGCCAGACCUGAUCGGGGACGAGAGCGAGGGCAUCCACGAGGUGCUGGCCUUCGCCAUCCAGAAGUCAGACAUGGACCUGCGGCGCACGCUCUUCUCCAACAUCGUCCUGUCGGGCGGCUCCACGCUCCUGAAAGGUUUCGGCGACCGUUUGUUAAGCGAAGUAAAGAAACUGGCACCCAAAGAUGUUAAAAUAAAGAUCUCUGCACCUCAGGAGAGAUUAUACUCCACCUGGAUUGGGGGCUCCAUUUUGGCCUCACUGGACACCUUCAAGAAGAUGUGGGUCUCCAAGAAGGAGUACGAGGAGGACAGAGCCCGUGCCAUCCACCGAAAGACCUUCUAACCAGAGAGGCUGCUUGGCAUUCCAACCCUGCCCAGACCCUCUGGUCCGAAUUUUUCAGUUCCUAAAUGCCUCCCUUCUCUCUACCCCUCUGCACAAGGAGAGGCAAUGCCCCCCCCUGUGCAGCUUGGCAUGCCUUCUAUAACCACACCCCUCCCACCCCACCCACCGAACCCCCCAUGUCUCGGGGAACCAGUCAGGACUUGCAAAGGGUUAGGGCAGGCAUUCUCAUGCAGACCCCCUUCCCACUUCAGUUACAAAUAAGGCUUUCAGUUGCAUCUCAAGAUUGUGGACCUUUUUUGUACACAUUCGGGGCAAGGCUAUACUGCUAGAUGCAAGUAUUUAUUAUACUGAUAUUGGUGAGCCCACUAUGAUAUUAUCAUAUCCAUUCUAAUGACAAUGAUGAAGGUGAAUGUUCUGUUGUACAUUACUGUAUAAAAUCCAUUCCAAAAGGGGCAGGUACUUGCUUUUCUUUCAGCAUGUCAGGCCUGCCAUUGUUGAGGCACGUAUAAAGGGUGCAUUUAUGUCAGAGGAAGUAGUCUCCUGAUUCAGUCUUUGAUAUCAUUUGUUCACCAAUGACACGAGCAGUUUAACGGUUUAUGAAGAAGUUGACGGCAGGAAAAUGCUUACCAUAACUCACACUCCUAUGCUUCUUUGACACUGUAUUUGUUUUAUGUGUCUCCAUCUGUCUUAAGUAAGGGGAUAGCAUUUUAUCUGAAUCUGAGCUUGAUCAUAAUUUCAAAGUAGUUACCAAUUUGUAGUGACCAAUUUUUCGCAUUCAUAUAUAGAUAUAUCGAAAAUGGCAUACUGUAUAUUGUGCAUCUAUCAGCAGUCAUAGUUCCAGUUUUAGCCUUUUGUGUUGGACCACGGGGCAGUUAAUCACUGCUGAUCUUUUGGUUAUAUAAUCUGUCCUGCACAAACACUGUGGGUAACAACACUAAAGCUUGAUGUGGAUCAUUAGAGUAGAUGUACUGUCUUUGGCAGCAGUUGUCUGGGACACAUUUAGUUCUCCACACAUGACAGGCAUGAUUGAGGUGAACCAGUUGUGAGGAGGCCUUUUGAAGGUGUUAUGACCUUGGCUGAGGACCCACAAAAUGGUAACUUUUUUUGGGAGGAGGGGGGCGAUGCCAGAAAAUUGAAAGUUGACUGGAAAUUGUAAUGAAUGCCCACUUAGAACAGAGAGAGUAUUUGGGCCAAACUAGUUUACAGCGACCUGCCUUUGCUUUCUCAGAGUUCCCCAAUAAAAACUUGUAGCCUUACAUAUGUUAAUAUCAAUAGUGUAAUGUUGAAAGUGUUACUGUAGAUCAGAGCCACGCUGCCCUGUUCCUGGAUGUCUACUGUGUGGUAGGUUUUCGUUUCAAACUUAAUAUGGCACACCUGAUUCUAUGAUUCUGCUGACCAGCAGUUCAAUGAGAUCUCUAGUUGCGGCUUUGUUAGGAUUGGAGUGAAGACCUACAGGAUGGCAGAUCUUCUGGAACAGGGUUGGGUAGCCCUGCUGUAGAUAAAAGGGGAUACGUGUUUCUAUUCUGUAAGUGCAAGCAAAAUUGAACACACGCAGUAGUAAUUUUGUGGGAGGAAGGCAUUCGGUGGUGUGGUGUGGGUUGUGGUUCAGGUUAUUUUGUCCAUCUCCCACCCUUGAAAUUGAUAGCCUGUGUAUCUGCAUUGGAAAGAUAAAUGUGCUUGGAUAUUUUUUAAGGCUAAGAAAUACAUUGGCCCUUAAUAUUGUUGCUAAAAAUAAAGGACAUUUAAAAUGGCACAACAACAAAAAACAAAAUAGGACUGAAAUGUACAAUAUUCAAGUGUUGCUUCUACUUUUAAUUUUGUAUUCAUUAUAAUAAAUUAAUGACUGCUGUCUGAAAUGGA